AAAAAAAAAAAAAAAAGUACAUGUUAACGUGUGAUUCAUUCUUCACGUUCACGAUAUAACCUGAACACGUCAAUUCGUUACGUAUUCCUACAGACGAAACAUUAUUUUCUUCGAAAAAAAGAUAAGCGAAACAAAAGUUGUUAAACUACGCUAAAUGUACAUUUUUCUUUCAUUGAUCUUUUUUUACGAUUUGCACGUGAUCUGCUCUUAUUCUUCUCGUAGAUAUCCAUUCAGAAAAGCGUUUCCGUGGUUCCAUUCAUUCAAUCGACGACAAUAUGUCGCGACACAAUCACGCAAUCAUAGCACACUGUCGAAUAACAUUGUUCGUUUCUUUCCGUAAAAGAUUCAUCGUAGACUGCUAUCGCGGUUAAAAGUUCUAUCGAAGUUGAAAGUCUUCACAGAGGGAAACAUAAUAUUUCUAUUACUCUCACUAUGUUCUUGGAAUUUUUAGAUUCCAAUCUUGCUUUCGUGAUAAUAAACAGAAAGACUUUCAAUGUUGUAAAGAGAAAAUGUAACUGACAUAGGAGCGAGAAGACAUGCAUACUAACAACGGAUCCUUUAUAUUUUGUUAAAAAAUAAAUUUAUGUACUUUGAUACAUAUUCUUUCAUUAUGAACAGUUAUUGAAAAAAAAACUGAUCAAAAAUUGAUAUAAAAGCUGAAAUUAUAAAAAAAGAAAUAAGAAGAAAAUUGAUAUUAUAUGUAUGGAUAUCUAUAAAUAUAUAUAAAUACAUAUUGACAAUGAUUUUGAAAAAUUGAAUUUUUAUUAUGAAAAAUUGUUUUCGGACAGUAACAAUUCCUUGUAUUCGAUAAAAAGAAAAAUCUCACGGCUUUCUCUGAUCUCACAUAAUGAAAUGAAUCUGGAAUCACAAAAAGCGAAUAUUUCUGUCAAUUUCGUGCAGCUUUGCUUUCAUAUUUUGCAAGUCACGUCCACUGUCUUCCAUGCUUUGCGCACUCUCUUAAUCGGUUUCUAAAAUUAUCUGCGGGAACAUAAUAUUCAGACGUCACAAUCUGUGUUAAGGUCGAGCGAAGGAAAAGUGGAGCGAAUAUUCGCUCGUCACUCUCGAACUGCAUUUCACGCGAAAACUUUAUCGACAAGCCGAUGUUCCAAGGAAAAAGGAAUGAAAAAGCGAAAAAGCAUAAACUUACGAUAGCCUUUUGAAAAAAUAGAUUAAACAAUAAAAGUAGAACAACAAUAUCUUAGGGAAAUAUUAUUCAAGGCUGUAUUGACGAGAAAAAUAGGCUUUGACACAGAACCGAAAGUUUAGACAUUACCCAGUGACUCUCCCGUGUCAAGCGGAGCCAGGCACUGUUUAUAGAUUACCACCGGGCGUACACUGUUGGUUGCUAUAGCUUGAAAACGGUUUUCCACCUGUGUGCCACCUUUCGUCGGCACGAAGGAAUCUCUCAAGGGUUGUAUCCAGCGUGGGGGAGUCGAUCACGGUUAGCCACACAGCGAAGUAACCCCGUCCAUCAGGAUAGAACUGUUGAAAAAUGGAAGAACCCUUAUCUUGGAGGAUACCUGAAAACACUCGACGAGAAUCCCAUUCGGCUGGCAGUUGAUAAACCGAAGGAAAGCAUCGUGGAAAGAUCGUAGGCCUAUCGAGAGUGGCAGGUAAGAAGUAAAAAGGAAGGAAGAAAAAGCGUGAUCUAGAGUGGACAAACGUCAAGAAAAAGACGUUUGGAGGACGUGAAAGAGCGUAAAGAGGGAUGUCUGAAUGGGUGGUGUCUGCUCGUGUCGAGGUCGCGGUAGCCAGGUGAAUGCUGGCUCGAUCCUUGAUCGAGUGAUCAGUCAUGCAAGCGACGAGGAUCAAUGUCUAUUGUAUCGUCUGGCCAAUUACAAGAAGGGUGGCGAGCUGAUCGAGUCGUACAAUCAAGGUGGCCAAGCGGAAGUGGAAAAAUUGAUCAGGGAACAGUUCGGUGUACUGAUGUACGCAGAUGGGAAGGGUCAGGCGAUCAAUCGGGCGGAAUAUCUACGUUGGAAAUUCCGUGACCUCGAGCAGGUUGUGCUGCCAAUAGAGGCUUCUUUGUCACAGUUCGAUCCUCUAGCUCAAUGGAACGAUCAUGAAGCAUGUUGGCAGAUGCAAUAUAGAGGAUCACUCGGAGAGACUCUCCUGCAUGUCCUGAUUAUAUGCGAUACCAGGAUACACACACGACUAGCGCGUAUUCUGCUUAAGUGCUUUCCACGAUUGGCUAUUGACGUAGUCGAGGGCGAGGAGUACCUCGGCGCUAGCGCUCUGCAUCUCGCUAUCGCGUACAACAAUAAUGAACUGGUUCAAGAUCUCGUGGAGGCGGGCGCGAUUAUUUCUCAGAGGGCGAUAGGCAGCUUUUUCCUGCCUAGGGACCAACAACGAACGAAUCCAGCUAAGAAUACGGAUUACGAGGGAUUAGCAUACCUGGGAGAGUAUCCCCUCGCCUGGGCUGCUUGCUGUGCAAACGAGAGUGUUUACAACUUAUUACUCGACUCUGGCGCUGAUCCCGACGAGCAGGACUCUUUUGGGAACAUGAUACUACAUAUGGUAGUCGUUUGUGAUAAAUUGGACAUGUUCGGGUAUGCCCUCCGUCAUCCGAAGCUUCCUGCUCGCAAUGGGAUCGUGAAUGCCGCCGGACUGACCCCAUUGACGCUCGCCUGCCAGCUGGGUCGCGCAGAGGUCUUUCGGGAGAUGUUGGAACUGUCUGCACGAGAAUUCUGGCGUUACAGUAAUAUCACCUGCUCGGCAUAUCCGCUGAAUGCACUCGACACGCUGUUACCUGACGGCAGAACAAACUGGAACUCCGCGCUAUUUAUCAUUCUGAACGGUACGAAGGAGGAGCACUUGGACAUGCUGGACGGUGGUAUUAUUCAGCGAUUACUCGAGGAAAAAUGGAAGACCUUUGCGCGGUUGCAGUUCUUGAAACGGUUGAUCAUCCUGGUGUUCCAUCUGACAUCACUCUCGCUAGCCGUGUAUAUGAGACCGUCGAACAUCGAUGCCACUCUCCUGGAAUGGCCAGAAGAAAUCACGGAGGUUGGACGCAUGAUUGCGGAGUGCACCACGGUGAUAGGUGUGCUGAGCUACAUUUUGGUGCAACUAGGCGGCGAGGUCGUCAACAUUGGUCUUCUAUCGUUCAUGAAACAAUUGAGUCACGAGCCUGCCAAGCUCAUAUUCUUGAUCAGCAAUCUGCUCAUACUCGCGUGCAUACCAUGUCGUCUUGCUGGUAAUAGGCAUGCUGAAGACGCGAUACUCGUGGUUGCUGUUCCCGGCUCUUGGUUCCUCCUCAUGUUCUUUGCUGGCGCUAUCCGGUUGACCGGUCCAUUCGUUACCAUGGUCUACAGUAUGAUAACCGGUGACAUGUUGACCUUUGGGAUAAUCUACAUGGUGGUGCUGUUCGGAUUUUGCCAGUCGUUCUACUUUUUGUACAAAGGCUUCCCGGGAGUGAAAUCAUCCCUCUACAGUUCCUAUCAUUCGACCUGGAUGGCACUGUUUCAGAUAACCCUCGGCGAUUAUAACUAUACGGACCUUGGUUACACGACCUACCCUAAUUUAUCGAAGAUGGUGUUCGCCAUAUUUAUGGUCCUGGUGCCCAUACUGCUUUUGAAUAUGCUGAUUGCGAUGAUGGGCAACACUUACGCGCAUGUGAUCGAGCAGAGCGAGAAGGAAUGGGUGAAGCAAUGGGCGAAAAUCGUGGUUUCUCUGGAGCGUGCAGUCGCGCAAAAAGAUGCGCAGAAUUAUUUGCAAGAAUACAGUAUUAAACUGGGGCCUGGAGAUGACCCGAACAACCCCGCCUCGGAACAGCGCGGAGUCCUGGUUAUUAAAAGUAAAUCGAAAACCAAGGCGAAGCAACGCAAAGGCGCGGUGGCUAAUUGGAAGCGCGUAGGCAAAGUGACGAUAAACGAAUUGAAGAAACGUGGCAUAACAGGAGAGGCGUUGCGACGAGUCAUGUGGGGUCGAGCAUCUUUCUCCACUCCUGUCAGAACAAGUCCAAACACUGCCGAGCCUCAAGUUUCAGCGGUUACGGCCGGUUUUGGAGACGCAUUGACCGCAGCGCUGGAUGUGGUGGCGUUCGCCCACGAUCUCGACUUGUCUACUGCUACGGAAGGAAUUCCGACCAACAACGACGCGAAGCAAUCGAAAUCGAAGACCGCCUGCAAGGAUCAAGUAAAAUCGGCGACGAAUAAUAAGGAGAAAGUGUCGACGAACGUUCAGCAACAACGGAAACUAACCACUGAAAAUUUGGAUAAUCUGGCGAGCAGUCGUAAUGAUAUUGACAAAAUAUCCAGCGAAUUUGUGGCCGUUCGCGAGAUGAAUUCGAAGAACGCGAGUCAUUCGAGCAUGGCCGAGGAUUUUCAGGAUCCGCUUUUGGAGCUUGUGAUUGCUUCCGAAAAUACGGACGAUCCUGAAACGCUGUUGAAAAUAGCGGAGCGGGCCGCGGCGAAUUUCGAAGUGGAGAGCAGUUCGAAAAUAAAUCUGCAAAUUUUGGAGCAAUUCACGAUGACUAAGCUACCUAUGGAGGAGAAAGUUGCCGCUACAAAGAAGCAGUACUUUGUUGAAUCGAGUGACAACGAUUUUGGUGGCGACAACCUACUCGGAACCGAGGCCCGUCUACGUAGAAUAAGAUCAGCGAACAACAGAUUUAUCACGACACGGAGACGGUCGCGGCACACCGACGACGACCUGUCAUCCACGUCGUCCACAUCCGCCGAUAGAAAUCCUCAAUAUCAGCCAUUGCUCAACGGCCCUGAGAACUUGGUGAGCCGUCAAAUCGAAAGUCGGGAGAGCUCUAUCGAAGCAAUUAAGCCGCAAGUAAAGCAGAACGGAUCAUGCGAUUCAGUGAAGAUCAAGGUUCAGAAGCGUCGACCGAAAACGGCGAAAAAUAGGGUAUCACCGAAGGAAAUAGAGGAGGCUGGUCCGAGGAGAAGAGAAUCGAUCGAGCGGAAUAAGGCGGUUUCACCGGCGACGUCGCCUACUGAUCCGCUCGAACCAUGGAGCACACGCGGCAUUAAGGACAUGAACACGAUAUUGGCUUGGGAGGAGAAUACGCCGGACAGUCCUUAACGAAACUUUACUAUAUUAUGCGCCGUGUACCUCCGGCUGACCGUUCGAUCGACAAAAUGGCAUCAAUAGUUUUUAACCUGGUAGCAAGCUGCGACGCGUCAAGUACUUGGAAGCUCGAGGUCGCUCGAAAGCCAAAUCGAGAUUCAACCGAUAUAGAGAAUUCUUGAAGGAUUCGAUGGUAACGUUGAGGAAAUAUCGAGAGAAAAAGGGAAAACACAGUCGCUACAAACGGUAUUUGUAUGUACAUCAAACAAACUCUUAUCGCAAAAUAUAGUUUCUAUUUUUUAAAUAGCUUAUCACAUUUCACUUUCACAGUAUCAAUGUUAUUUGCAGUAUUGUGUUGUUUGUAGUUGCCGACUAUAGGUAUUGGAAUACGUAUUGAUAUUUGGUGUAGAAUGCUAUUUACUGCUUUUAUCUUUUAGCCAUUUUAUUGCUAAGCAGUCAUUUCGUCCGCAACGUAUAUGCUGUAUUUUUUGUAAUGUAAAAUAUUAAGUAGGAAAUGAAAUUUGUUAGAUUUUUUGAAUAAAUGUAACCAGUAGGUGUCCCAAUAUUUAUGGCUGGUUAUAUGAAAGUAUUACCAAAUCAGAUGAAAUUUGAAACACUUAGACCUAAUUAAUAGGCAUGUAAAUGUCCAAAUAAAUACAACGAUGUACAAAUGCUUUUUUGUAGCCACUGUAUAUUGCCAGUUCGAAGUAUAUAUACAUAUAAUGUAUAUAAAUAUGUAUAAGUUUCUCCCUUAAACUGUCUGGAUACAACGCGAAGUGAUGCUAGUUCGUAUUAUGUCUGUCGUUAUUAGGCAUUUUACAUCUUGUUUCAGCGAAACGCAAUUUGUCUUACAUCGUGUAUUGUGUGUAACAUAUUUUCUUUGAAAAGGACAAAGUGAAAGUUGGCAAGAAUCUUUUUAAUUUCAAUUGUUCGUAAUGAAUUUUAUAGAACUUUUGAAAGUUGUUUUAACUUCAUAUCGCAAAAGUAAAUUGUGAUUGAGUUUCGUUAGAGAUGUUAGAGAGAUUCAGAAACAAAAUUGCAGUAAUUAACGAAUCCGAAGAAACUGCAAGUUUUUAUUCUGUUUUGAUUCCAAUAUUGUCUGAAGUAAACUCUAAGAACUUUUGAAAGUUUCUUUUACUUCAUCUCGUACAAAAAAAUUGUGACUGAGUUUAGUACGAAAUUUUAGAGUGAUACUGGAAUAAAAUUGUGGCAAUUAAUGGGGAUGAAAAAAUAUAGUUUUUUAUUCGAACAAAUUAAUUCAAACGUUAAAAUUGUAACGUUAUCAGAUCUAGUUCAUUUAUGUAUUUAAGGAACAAUAGGAUUAAAAAUUUAAUAAGAUUGUCGUCCUUGUACGUGGAUGAUACAAAGAGCGUUUUUGCUAUCCAUUUAGUUCGUUAGUUAAAUCUCUAUAAAUGAAUAACAAACGUAUCAAAUGUUCAUCCAAGAACACUUUAAUCCGAUUACAAGGAGUACGAAAAUACGAAGAUGCUAGACGAAAAGCGUUUAUUCCUUUUUAGCCUACCAACAUUGACUAAUAUCAUAAAGGACAAUGACGUAAUGAUAAAAUCAACAAAUAGCAAUUUCUUUCUGCAAAAGGAUUAAUUCUUCGCAUUUAUGAUCACAGAAAAAAAUCAAAGAAAUCAAAGUCUUGCUGACGAACGCCACUCGUUUGAUCAGAUGUUGCUCAUUAAACUGUUCUUUGAUAUGAAAGCAUAUACAUCUCGAUAAAGAAACAACAGCAACGAAAAAUAAAACUCUAGAUAUUUUGAAACAAAGUUUUGAAAGUUACUUAAUUAAAAGCUUUUACAGAAAUAUUGAAUAAUAAAAUAUAUAUAGUAAUUUGAAGCAUAGUUUGGGUAUCUAUGAAUAAACGUUGAGUUUUUGAUAGAUCAGCUUUAAGGCUUAAAGAUAUUGCUCUAGUAUAUCGAUUAUUGAAGUUUAAGAAACAAAUGUAUCAUGAUAUUAAGUAAUUUGGUAUUUAAGUAAUAUCUAAGUAAUUUUUAAAUUAUAAAAAAUAUGAAGGAAUUUAACAAAAAAUAUUACACGUGCCAAAAAAGAAAAAGAAAUAUAAAUCUUAUAAUAGUACGCCCUAUUUUAAAAAAUGACUAAAAUACUUACACGGGGCUAUACAGUUGUAAAUAUUUUAGGACAUUUUGUAGAAUAAGAUUCAAAUAGCAUUAUGUAUAAACGAUUUUUGCAUUAGAUGAAUUUUACAGUAGAUCAAUUUUAAAUAAAAACUCAUUCUAAGAUUAUUCGUAUGGUCAUUUCCUAGCUUGGGAAUUAGGAAGAGAAGAUUAAGGUUUAUACAUACGAAAAGUAAUGUGAAUUUUGAUCCAUUAAGAAAUUUCUUUUGUGUUUACUCUCAAGUCAGAAUUCGAUAGAAAUUCUAAUUUCACGUUCAAAAAUUCUAUUUUAAUUUAUAAUUUCCUAUUGUUACUGAUAUGGAUCUAGAUUAUUAAUUUUGCUCCCAUUUUUCUCACGUUCGAUUUUGAAAGUUUAUCAUGCACAUAACGCUGCACU